AUGGCACACCAUGGCCAGGGCCAAAAAAUGCAGAAGGUGAUCAUACAGCCCAUCAACCUUAUCUUCAGAUACUUGCAAAACAGAUCUCAGAUUCAGGUGUGGCUUUAUAAGCAAGUGAAUAUGGAGAUAAAGGGCUGUAUCAUUGUUUUUGAUGCAUGCAUGAACCUUGUAUUAGAUGAUGCAGAAGAGACUCAUUCUAAAACAAAGUCAAGAAAACAACUUGGUCAGGUCAUGCUAAAAGGCAAUAAUAUUACUCUCCUCUAA